UCUGCGUAAGAAAAAAAAAAAAGAGAGUAUGUAUGUAUGUAUGUAUGUAUGUUUGUGUGCGUAGGAAACAGAGGAGGACAAAGACGAAAGGCUGAAGAAUUAAGAAGCUAAGACAGAGUGUGUGAGCAUGAAUGUGGGUGUGUGUGAGAUGCAUUCUGUAAUCUGCAGCACCGUCGUUUCACUUUCACCAUACGACUCUUGUCGCCGGAACCCUAACCGAUUGCGCGCCAAAUCCUCUCUGCUCGUUCAGAAACAGGACGCCCAACUCUCCGACUCCGACUCCGACUCCGUCUCCGUCUCGCGCCGCCUCAUUCUCCUUCGCCAUGCUAAGAGUUCCUGGGAUAAUCGCUCUCUCCGCGACCAUGACCGGCCACUGAGCAAGUCUGGGAAAGAGGAUGCUGUGAGAGUUUCCCGCAGGCUCCAACAGUUGGGUUGGAUUCCUGAACUUAUCUUGUCCAGUGAUGCAGCGCGGACUAAGGAGACGCUUAAGAUAAUGCAGGAGCAAGUGCAGGAGCUGGUGGAAGCCGAGGUUCAUUUUGUUUCUAGUUUCUAUUCGAUUGCAGCUAUGGAUGGGCAAACGGCAGAGCACCUUCAAAAGAUUAUUUGUAAAUAUUCAAGGGAUGAGAUACUUACUAUAAUGUGCAUGGGACAUAAUAGGGGGUGGGAAGAAGCAGCAUCAAUGUUUUCUGGGGCCUCUGUGGAAUUAAAGACUUGCAAUGCUGCACUGCUUGAGUCUGCUGGAAAAUCCUGGGAUGAGGCAUUUGCCACUGCAGGAUUUGGUGGCUGGAAGCUUCAGGGUAUAAUAAAACCAAGUAGCUAGCUAGUUGAGAUUUUCCGUACUGGGUAAACUUAAAAAUAGAUAUGCAAGAGGUUGGAAGCAUCAUUACUUAUUCAAGGAACCCAAAACGCCUCAGUUAAGGCUACAGAGCUGAUGACUUCGGAAAGUAUAUACUUGAGGAAAGAUGAAUAUGAUGGCAAAAGCUUCAGUUAGAUGUGUUUAAUUUAGCAGCUAUGAAUUGUUUACAUGGUGAUUCAAGAUGAAACGUUGCUGUGGAUAAUGUGCAGGAUCUCAAUGCUUCAUAUAUGCUGCUUGGUGUUGAGCAUUUGUUCAUUGAAGUGAACUCAUGCUGCUCAGUGGUUGUUAAUACAUGCACAACUACAGGUUUCCAAAGGAAAAAAAUAUUGCUUCUGUAAAUCAUAUGCUGUGGCAAAAAAAAGAGGCAUUUCCUGUUACUUUACUUCCCUUUUACCCCUUCUCUUCUACCUUGAUAAUAAAGAUUGGAAAUCUAUUUCGAAAUACCAAAAUGGUAUUGGUUAAUGAUUAUCAUCAACCUAGACAAGAAGUCUUGGCUUAAAUGCAGAUUGAAGUGCAAGAUAUUUGAAUUUUGUUUGCAAAAUUAACUAGAGCAAAUUUCCUCU